GAGCAGUUCCCCGCGGAGGAUUCGGGGUGCUCUCCCGGGUCGGAGGGAAGUGAGAGAACUACACUUCCCGGGCCGCCCUGCGCCGAGCCGAGCCGGCAGCCUCGCUUUGCGUGACCGCGGCAGGUUGGUCCUGGAGCAGAUGAGCGCAGAAUAUUUAGGCGAAAGCGCGAGGAGGGGGGAGCGCGGGGCAGGAGGAGUACCUCGGCCGAGAAAAUUAUGCAUGCGUUAGGGAAGCUCUAGGAGAAUGGCUGUGGAAGCUCUCCACUGUGGCUUGAAUCCACGGGGUAUUGAUCAUCCUGCCCGUGCCGAAGGUAUUAAACUACAGAUUGAAGGUGAAGGUGUUGAAUCUCAAUCCAUUAAAAACAAAAAUUUUCAGAAGGUGCUUGACCAAAAAGGAACCCCCAAGCGACUGCCAGCAGAAGCUGAGACUGCUAAGUCGGCUACAGUGAAGCUGUCAAAACCAGUGGCUCUGUGGACUCAGCAGGAUGUCUGCAAGUGGUUGAAGAAACAUUGUCCGAAUCAGUAUCAGAUCUACAGGCGAGCCCUGCUGAGACUCACUGACAAAAAGCUUGAGCGAAUGGGGAUUGCCCAGGAAAACCUCCGGCAGCACAUCUUACAACAGGUGCUCCAGCUGAAGGUGCGAGAAGAAGUCAGAAACCUACAGUUACUCACACAAGGUACCCCGCUGCUGCCUCGUGGGUGGAUAUAAGGGGAAGAUGGGAAGAAAGAAACCAUUCCCAUCAUGACAAAGGGGAGCCAGAGAGAAACUAUUGUUUUUUUGCAGAAUUGCUUUUAUUUAAAAAAAAAAAAAAAAAAAAAAGGAUAUAGAUGUAAAGGCCACUUCCCUCCUUUUCAUAGGGAAACUUCUCUUUUUCAUAGGUCACUGGGGGAAGGAUGCACAAACAAAUAAUGAGCAAAUGGAAAUAUCUCGUGACCUAGUUUCAAGGACAUCACAUAUAGCUGUAUGGGAUGUGCCCUGCACAACCUAGAGAUACAGAUACAGUUGCACCCCCUAGAGUUGUACAGUGCAGCCCAAGCUCUCUUAGUCUGACUACCAGUUCUGAGGGGGCCUUGGAAUUUGCGUGAUUCCAUAGUUCAUACGAUCAUGAUACAAGUAGGAUUUUUGUUAUGUUUCAUGUUACUUUGCUUUUCACUAACUAAUGGGAGGAAAACAUUUUAAAGGUAUGUGUCUGUGUAUAUAUACACGUAUGAACACAUACACUCUUUAGAGAUUUUUGAGAAUGCUAUUUGGCAUCCUGAAAAUAGAAUCACUUAAAAAAUUUUUAAUGUUUAUUUAUUUUUGAGAGACAGAGAGAGAGAGACAGAGCAUGAGCAGGGGAGGGGCAGAGAGAGAGGGAGACACAGAAUCCAAAGCAAGCUCCAGGCUCUAAGCUGUCAGCCCGGAGCCCAACGUGGGGCUCGAACUCACGAACUAUAAGAUCACGACGUGAGCCGAAGUCAGACACUUAACUGACUAAGCCACCCAGGCGCCCCGGUAGAAUCGCUUUUUAAAAAUAGACUGUAGAGAAUUUAAGCCUGGGAUAUUAUGACCAUGUAAUUCUAAAUAAGGAUCAUUAAUAAAUUCAAUAUAUUGGGAACACUGGAGAGGACUCAAGUGACAGAAUAAAGCUAGAAUUUGAAGAAAAGUUUUAAGUUAAUGCUGUAUGUAAUUUGCGUGUCUACAUAAGAUUUGGUUGCUAUCAAUGUCCACUGGCUAUAACCCUUUAUUUAUUUUAAUGUCCAUUAUACAUCGUUGUGAAAGGAUGAUAAAAUAUGUGUUUUUGAGAGCCUGGGGUAUUUUUCAAUCUGUAGAAUAUUGUAAUUGCAUGCAUACUGAUAUUGGAGAAAUCUGGGUCAGCCAACUUUCGUGUUAUUGCAUUUAGAUUAUAACCCAGUAAUAGACCAUUUGCCUAGAGAAAGCGAUGUACUGCCUGAAGAUGACCGCUCUUCAAGGAUGAAUACAGACUUUGAGUGAUACGAAAACAGUGUGUUUAUUUGAUACGCAUUAUUCGCAUUUGUCUCCAGAGGUAUCCAGUGGUAAAUUUAUAGGUACAAGUACACUGAGUGAUUUAAAUCUGAAUCUGACAUCCUGAUAUACUUUUUGGUUUCUUUGAAGAAGUAAAUAGAGAUUCAGAGAUUUAUUACAAGAAAGUCCAUCCCCAGUGCUAUUUAUAAAACUGAAAAAUUAUGAACAGCCUAGAGCUUCAGCAAUAUGGAAAGAAACAAGUCUGCUGAAACUCAUGAGAUAAAAUACAAUGCAGUCAUUAGAAUGAAAUCUUCACAAAAUAUUUGACAACAUGGGGAAGUGCUCAAGAAGUAGUAGGAAGUGGCGGGGGGGGGAAGACCAUGUAAAAAUUUCGUAUUUACAAUAUGAACCAAAUUUCUUAGAAAGAACAUAUUUUUAUUGUACACAGAAAAAGGGAUGCCAGUGAAUGUGCCAGUAUUUUGAUAAUGGUUCUCUGUAGGUGGUGGGAUCGUGGGUGAUUUUGUUUAUUUUUUUUAAUAUAUUUUCCAAGUUUUCUAGUUUGAAUCUGUAUUAUGGUUAUAAUCAGAAAACACAUGCACAAUUUUAAACUUCAAUCACGUGUAUCGUUCUGCCAGGUUCUGUUCAGCGUCAGGCUUCCUCUUCUCUUUUGUUUUCCUCCUGUGAUGAUAUGUAGAAAAUGAGACCUAAACUCCUCCCAUGUGCCUUGGACUCUUUUUUUUUUCCCUCUGCUACUGUCAGCCUGCAGUGUGUUUGCUUUGCAAAAUCAUUUUCUACAGCUUUCAUUGCCCUAGAUGCAUAAUAUAUAAGAUUUUUCCUGAGAUACUACUCAAGUCUAUUAAGCUAAAUAUAUGUUUGUGUUCUGGGAAGGUAAUGCUAAGUUCAGCCUUUUCAAUUCAGUUCUUGUCACUUUCUUUAGCUUUGAAAAGCUGUGCCUUUUGCAUUCUCUCAUUCCACUCCUUUUAGGAGAGAUCACGUUCUCCAGCUCUUCGAUAUUUUGUCUGCACUCAUAUUACCUUUUUUAUUGCUUGUCCUUUACAUGUUAAUGUUCAGACUCAUUUCAUGCCAGGCAGACUUUAGAAAAUCUAUAGCCUUAGUGAAAUGAUGGUUUCUUUUUGAAAAACACAAAACAAAAAAAAUUGACAAGUUGUUUUUAAUCACUGAUAAUAGAAGUUCUAAAGACAGCUGGGGUAGGCUUAAAAUAUUUGGGGUCUAUGUUGGCUAUAAUAAAAAUUGGAACACUAUUCCACCCAAGUUAUCUGACUGGCAUAACAUAUAUAUUGUAUGGAAAUUCACCAUAAGAAUGAUACGUGGUUCAGUAUUGAAUAUUUGAUUCUUUAUCUCUGCAAAUAUUAAUCAGUAAGAAAUAAUAUGCUGGAUAAGUACAAACAAAGAUUAUAGAAUGCUACAUAACUUUUAGAAAUCCCUGAACAUGUUUCUAAAGGAAACAGUGGAUAAUUAAGCCUACUUUUCCAACUUUUUGAUGGCUGUUUUAAAACUGGCUUAAGCUAUUGAUUCUAUACACACAGUUGGUCAGGAGCCAUGUAACCGUUUUAGGACUAAGACGGUCUCAAAAGGACUAUGAGGGCUCUAGCUGGUUACUGUGGGUCAUCUGAACACAGGGAAUAUGAAGUUUCUACCCUCCUUCUUUCUUACUCUCCUCCUUCUGGAUGCUGACCCAAAGACAAAUACAAACAAACUCUAAGGUAUUUUUUAAACGUGUGUGGGAUUCAUAGUAAAUAUAUCAGUUAAUAGACACCAUCAUUGAAUCGUGACAAAAAUUUUUAAAACCGCUUAUCACCUAAAGCCAGAACUGUUCUUCAGCUGAAAUACUGGCCUCUGAUUUUCCUUCUUUUAUCCACAGUGGCCCUAUAACUACCUGACAUUUGCAAGAAACAUAAUCAAUGUUUGGCCCUGCUUUAAAUGUUGUUCCCUUGGGUCCCAUUUAGGCGGUUUCUUCCUCCAUACAGCCUUUUAGUCUUCUGUGUCCUGUCCAUGGAGUGGCCAGGAUGUCAGUCUGGUGGGCUUAUGACUUUGUUCAUUCCUGCAGAAAACUCACUCAUGUCAGGGCACCUCCAGUUAUCUCUUGGGAAAUGCAGUACUGGGCUGGAAACAUCAUUAUUCUCUUCUUGAUUCAUGAGAGACAGGAGAAACGUUCCUUAUGUAAUAGCAACAGUUCAUGGUAUCAGAUUAAUUCAUAACCAAGCAUAUGAGGGGCAUCCUUAGCUUUUUAAUAAUGGACAGUGUUUGUGGGAAGAAAAACACCCCAGGGAUACUGAAAGCUGACUUUCUCAUAUGGCUAAUGAGUUUCAAAUUUUACUGUAUACAAAUCACUGUGCUAAUUGUCACGUCAACUCCUGACAGUACUGUUGUUAGCCCCGACUUACAUAUGGGGAAAUGGAGGAUGAAGAAUUUACAUGACAGACAAAGUCAGACAGCUAGUAAAAAAGCACUAUACAGGUCUAUCUGAGUCAACAGCAAACUUUUAUGCAUUACAUUUCAGUACCUCUCAUCUGUCAAAUGGCGAUAAGAACUCCUAUUUCAUGGUGGUGCUAUGAUGAGUCCUGAAAUUUUAUGUGGAAACCAUAUAGCGUAGUUCAUGACAUAUUCUAUGAAAAUGGGUUGGCAGACAUUGUUUUUUCUUCCUGAAAAGGGCCACCUGUAAACAUUUUAGUCUUUAAGGGCUAUACAGUAUCGAUUACAACUACUACAUCAUGUGAAAACAACCACAGAUAAUCUUAAAUGAAUUGAGCAUAGCAGUAUACCAAUAAAACUUUAUUAUUACAGACAUAGUUGGUGGGCCAUAGAUUGUGGGUUCCUGCUCUUCAGGGUUAAAAAUGUAAACUU